AUGCGAGACGCCUGCUGGCCCUCUCCUUCAACAUGGGACGCCUUCAACGCCACCAUCUCCGGCAAACUCAUCGCAACCAAACCCGUCGCCAUCUCCUGCUACCCCGGCCCGGACUACAACCCCUCCGCCUGCGCCAGCGUGCAGCAGAACUGGUUCACUGGAAGCUGGCAGUCCGCCAACCCCGUCGGCCUCGACUACUCCCUGAACAUAACCUGCCCGCCCCCCUCCUCGGCUGCAGCAAACUCCACAGCCACGGGAUCCUGCACUCUGGGGACCAACCCACCCUUCGCUGUGAACGUCACCAGCACGGAUGACAUCGUCGCCGCCCUCCGCUUCGCGCGGGAGAAUAACCUGCGCGUGGUGGUGAAGAGCACCGGCCACGACGUCCUGGGCCGCAGCGACGGGUUUGGGGGAUUGGAGAUCUGGCUGCGCUACUUCCGCAACGGCAUCGACUUCCAACCGUCGUACGCCUCUUCGACCGGAUGUGAUGCGACGCCCUGGACAGGAAGCGCGAUGAAGCUUGGAGGAGCGUAUAUGUGGGGCGAGAGCUACGCCGCCGCGCGGGAGAACAACGUCGUCGUCGUCGGUGGCGGGAGCUCGACGGUAUGCAGCACUGGUGGAUGGAUGCAGGGUGGCGGCCACGGACCCGCGAGCCAUACCUUCGGCCUCGGCGCGGACCAGGUUCUUGAGGCGGAGGUGGUUCUUGCGAAUGGGACGCUUCUCACGGCGAAUGCGUGCCAGAACCAGGACCUGUUCUACGCCAUCCGUGGAGGAGGGCCGGGGACGUAUGGGGUUGUGGUCUCGACGACGAUCAAGGCGUACCCACAGCUCAAAGCCACUGUUCAGAACUUGCAGAUCGCAGCGAAAGACGGCGCGUCAAGAGACACUUUCCUAGACGCCCUGACGACGCUGUACACCUCCAUCCCGGAACUCGUCGAGGCGGGCUUCGCGGGGUACCCCCACUGGCAAGUCGACGGCCCCGCGCCCUCGUUCGCCAACUUCACGACCGCCUACUCCCACGCCAUCUACGCCUUCAACAAAUCCCAAGACGAAGUCGAAGCAGCUGGCAAAUUUCUCCUCGACCGCAUCAACAACUUCAGCGACGCGCUCUUCGUCAACUCAAGCUACGUCAGCUACCCCGACUACUGGUCCUUCUUCGGCAACACAAGCGUGGACGACAACCCCGUCGGCCUCAUGGCCGCCUCCGGCUCUCGGCUCCUCGACGCCGCCGCCGUGAGCAAUCGCACCGCCGUCCGCAACCUCCUCAACGUCCUCGCAGGGGCGCCGGGCGAAUUCGUAACCAACGUGAUCUCCCUCGUCUCCGGCGGGCAGGUCUGGAAAGACGGCAGCGACAAGUCGUCAGCCGUGAUCCCGACAUGGCGGACGGCGGUGCUGCACCAGUCCGUCGCGCGCAUCCUCAGCAACGACGUCAGCGCGGAGACGUGGGACACGGUGCACCACGAUGUCACGUACAACAAGAUCGGGGCCAUGAAGGCGUUGGCGCCGGGGAUGGGAUCAUACAUGAACGAGGGCGACGCGCUUGAUCCGGACUGGAAGGUGAGCUUUUACGGGGAGAACUAUGAUAAGCUCCUGGGUAUCAAGAAUGUGUACGAUCCCGACUCGGUGUUUUACUGCCCCACGUGUGUGGGGAGCGAUUUGUGGGAGGCAGACGGUGCUGGGCGGCUUUGUCGAGCGUCGUGA